GACGGGUGAGGAUCCGCCCCUUGCAGCUUGGUGGCCAACGCCUUGGCCCAGGGCUAGCUAGAGCCGAGCAGGUUCACGGACUCCAGGGACCGGGAGCUUUACGAGCUGGGAGGCGGUGCCCUAGCACCCCAGCUAACUUCCCUACAGGCCUUGGCCUUAACAGGUAUUGGUGCCUGCCGUGGACGCAUUUAGACUCCGGUCUUUUCUCACUGGAGACUUUGUGCCUAUGGUUGGGGACAGAGUGAGGUCGUUGCCUUGACGACGACAGCAUGCGGGCCGCGGUCCUCCUGAGUGUGAACUUGCGGUGGGUUGAGGCCAGUCUGCCUCCCUGCCUGCUUCACCUGGGAAGACUGUGUCUGCGGAAGAAAUCGCGACAGCAGUAGAAUUGCUAGUUUGCUAGUCAGCAUCUUUUAGACCUGAGAACGAGAUGCAUUUUACCUCAAUUUUAUUUCCAAGUUGAAAACCUUUGGGUAUUUCCACGCCAAAGGAUUUAAAAGGAACACAAGAAGAAUUCCUACUGGUUUUUUAAUUAAAAUGGAAAAAUAUGAGAACCUAGGAUUGGUUGGAGAAGGGAGCUAUGGAAUGGUGAUGAAGUGUAGGAAUAAAGAUAGUGGAAGAAUUGUAGCCAUCAAGAAGUUCUUAGAAAGUGAUGAUGACAAAAUGGUUAAAAAAAUUGCUAUGCGAGAAAUCAAGUUACUAAAGCAACUGAGGCAUGAAAAUCUCGUGAAUCUGUUGGAAGUGUGGAAGAAAAAAAAGCGAUGGUACCUAGUCUUUGAAUUUGUUGACCAUACAGUUCUUGAUGACUUGGAGCUCUUUCCAAAUGGACUAGACUACCAACUAGCUCAAAAGUAUUUGUUUCAGAUUAUCAGUGGAAUUGGAUUUUGUCACAGUCACAAUAUCAUACACAGAGAUAUAAAGCCAGAGAAUAUAUUAGUCUCCCAGUCUGGUGUUGUCAAGUUAUGUGAUUUUGGAUUUGCGCGGACACUGGCAGCUCCUGGGGAGGUUUAUACUGAUUAUGUGGCAACCCGAUGGUACAGAGCUCCAGAACUAUUGGUUGGUGAUGUCAAGUAUGGCAAGGCUGUUGAUGUGUGGGCCAUUGGCUGUCUGGUAACUGAAAUGCUCAUGGGGGAACCCCUUUUUCCUGGAGAUUCUGAUAUCGAUCAGCUAUAUCAUAUUAUGUUGUGUUUGGGUAAUCUCAUUCCAAGACAUCAGGAGCUGUUUUAUAAAAAUCCUGUGUUUGCUGGAGUAAGGUUGCCCGAAAUCAAAGAAACGGUUCCUCUUGAAAGACGCUAUCCCAGGCUCCCUGAAGUUGUGAUAGAUUUAGCAAAGAAAUGCUUGCAUAUUGACCCAGACAAAAGGCCCUUCUGUGCUGAGCUCCUGCACCAUGAUUUCUUUCAUAUGGAUGGAUUUGCUGAGAGGUUUUCUCAGGAACUGCAGUUAAAAGUACAGAAAGAUGCCAGAAACAUUUCUUUAUCUAAAAAACCCCAAAACAGAAAGAAGGAAAAGGAAAAAGAUGAUUCCUUGGAUGAAGAGAGAAAAACACUUGUGGUACAGGAUACAAAUGCUGAUCCCAAAAUUAAGGAUUCUAAAGCAUUUAAAAUAAAAGGAUCAAAAAUGGAUGGAGAAAAAGUUGAAAAAGUCAGUCGAGCUUCAAACGCCAGCUGUCUCAAUGACAAUGGGAUGAGCCACAUCAAAACAGUGCCUUCAACAAGCCUCCGAGAUUGCAGCAAUGGCAGCGUGGGCCACACAAGAAAUCCAGGCAUGGCAAUUCCUCCACUUACGUACAACCUUUCUGCGGUGGCUCCCACUGUUAAUUCUGGAAUGGGAACUAUCUCAGGAGUUCAGAGUUACAGAGUGGAUGAGAAAACCAAGAAGUAUUGUAUUCCAUUUGCUAAACCAAAUAAACAUUCUCCAGCAGGAGUUUAUAAUAUUAAUGUGACCACAUCGGUUGCUAGUGAAAAGAGUCUACUUCAGGCAGAUAAGAAAAGAAGGGAAUACUCAAAGAGAGAUGUCCGUUUGCCUGAACUAAACUAUAAUCAUCUCCCUGAACUAAAAGCCUUGGAAGGCAUCGCUCGAAAUUCCAGGCUAAUAAAGAAGGAGAACAAAAAUCUUUCAGAAUCUCGAAUUCCUUCUCUGGUCGCUAUUGACUUGCACACCUUCAAUACUGCAUUACAUCAGGUAUCAGGAUCUCCCCUGUCAGAUGAUUCAGAGGCCGAUUUGCCUCAAGUGGAACACCAGCACUGACUGUCAUUUUGGUUCUGAGCUGGAUGCUGCCCUAGCCCUUGAGAUGACAUCCUUGUGCAACAAAAGUGCUGAUAUCCUAGAAGCAGAGAUUUGUGGUUUUGAGCCUUGACUUCUGAACUGACUACAUUUUCUGAGAAAGGCCUUGCAGCAGAAGAAAAGACAAAGACAUCCAUGUGUUUCAAAGGAACAUUGAACAACUGUCCCUUCCCAACUGUUAUCCCAUCACUUUUCAAGUCCACUGAUGCUAUUUCAAGAUGUAUCCAAUGAAAGAAUAGUGAUAGAGUUCUUGUUACAUGAAUGUGUAUUUAAUGUUAGUAGAUCGUGUAUUUAAAGUGAGUAAAAAAAAAAAGGGAGAAAGAGAGAAGCAUUUAAAAGGUCAUGUUAUUUAUGCAUUGAAUCUUGUGUGUUAUUUGUAUAAAUGUGUACAUUUAUUUGGGAGUGGGUUUGGUGGUGGUAGGUGAUAAAAACUAGGAUCAGUUGAAGAAAAUGAAAAAAAACCUGGGAUCAGUAGGAGAAAAUGUUUCCUUUACCCUAACUUAACUAUAAAACACAUUCAAAAAUCUUGCUUGUUUCUAGGCUUUAAGGAGAAAUGUAACUGCUCUCUGUGGAUAGAUGUACAUCUUUGGUUUCUGUGAUCAUUGUUGAUGUUUGAUCAGUGUUAUUGUGGGAAUCUGGCCUCUCUGCUGAUCUUCUAAGAACCACACUAAAGCAAAUGUCGCAAAGAAGCCUUUUAUUUCUAAUGACCUAGUAUGACUCUGGCAUUGGGUAGUCCUCUCUUUUAGAAGAUUCUGGUGCUAAUGUUCUUGUGUGUAGGAACGUGAUUGGAACCAGAGUGGUGAAGGAGAAUUUUGUACGUUUACCUUGGAGCUGUGUACUGUGCUUCUCAUUAAAAAAAAGAGGUAGACAUACAAAAUUUGGGGAUGGAAGCUGGGUUACCAAUUGACUAGGGCUGAUUACUCUUUUCUGGGCCAGUUGCUAUGGAACUCCCCAGCUGGAGAAAUUUUGGGGAGGGAAUAUCCACUGUUAGGACUUCACUCUUGUCCCACUGAUAGUUUGAAGGUGAUAUCAGACAGAACCUAGAGACGUUUCUGUCUCCUUGGGUCCUCCAAGGCCUCCCCCAAAGCUUUUCACAAGGUGCAAAAUCAUUUACCUACAGCCCACGCAUCUUUUCUAAUGCGCUGGUUCACAACUUUUAGGUGGGAGAGUGAAACCAAUUGGACUGCAGGUUUUGGUUUCUGGGUUGUAAGUCGUGCUCUGCGUUCAUUAUCUUAGAGGAUGGUUGUUAAGGGGGCCAGAACUUGUGUGGACUUUUUUUUUGCCUUAACCAAUGAGCAAUAUGUUGUUUUUUCUAAAAGGCACUGGCUAGAACUUAGCCCAAACAUUUAACUAGCACUCUUCUCUAUUACUCUAAAGAGGUUAAUAUUGAAAUUCUGACCUUAGACACUUGGGCUUUCAAAAGAGUAGGACAUUCCAGAGGCAAAAUAAGGGGCUCCAAUGUAGAGUCUAUAGGUGGUUCAACUGAAAUUUGGUCUUGGUUUUGAAGCUCUAUCUUUAAACUCUGACCAGGUGUUUGACUAGAUUGGUGUGGCUAACAUGCUGAACAAAAUUAGUGUGUAAGUAUUUGUAGGCUUCACAUUAAAAUAUUAUUAUUUUAUUUUUACUCUGAAAAAUAUUGUCAACAGACUCUAGCAUGGAAAGCAGAUAAUACUUAAAAGCCAAGUGUUUCUCUAGCUUAUUUCAAUGUUAUUUUUAUGUAAAGAUCAGUGUGAAAAUAUCACCCCAGUGUCUGAGGGUCCAAGAUCAAUUACCUUCUCAUUUGCUUUUGGUAUUUUUUCUUUAUUAAAACAUUGUGUGAACUUUAGAAUUAAAGAACUAAAAGUUAUUCACUCUAAGUCCAACUUGAGAAUUGAGGAUCGUAUCUGGUUAGAACUGUGGCAGAACUUGAAAAAGAAGAUUUUGCAAAUUGGGACCAUAGACACUGAACCAAAAUAAUCCCUUUUUUCAGUUUAAGAUUACUUUACUUUGUCUCAUCUACAAGGAUAUGAUUAAGCCACUUACUAAUAGAAAAUAUGUGUAUGUACUGGUGGGGGGAAGUGGGCUUGCUGUGUGUGUGUAUGUUUUAAAAUUAAUAAAUAUUAUAUCUUACU